AUGACCCGGCCGCCAUUCUUCUCCUUCUUUCGUCAACCGCUGCGUAAGCCCAAGCCUAUCAAGGAAGACGUGCUACAGCACAGAGGCUUACCUCUUAUUGCGACCCCUAUCGACGAAAAGGAUGACGAUUCUCCACAUUUUUGCCGCCAUUCCGAUGCCACCCCCAUUGAACUCUUCUUCGAUUUGUUUUUCGUUGCAAACUUGUCUUCAUUCACCGCGACGCACGAGAUCAACAACGUCGAAGGUCUUGGGGCAUAUAUAGGCUUCCUAGGGGUCAUCUGGUUCACAUGGCUUCAGAUUACGUUAUUCGAUAUACGGUUCGCUCGAGACUCGGUUUUUGAAAGAAUUUGCAAGGCUGCGCAGUUGGCUGCCAUGGUAGGCUUCGCGUCCGCGGGAACACGAUUCACAACUCAUAUCCGCGUUGAGAACGUUUGGGCCUUUCAGUCGUUGAGUCUUCUGCUUGGUGGAAGUCGAGUACUGCUUGCCGUGCAGUACACGGUCAACAUAUGUUUGAUUCAUAAACGGAUGAGACCUGCUGCAAAGGGGUUGUCCAUCAUUGUUGCGGCACUACUCGCUUCGAGUUCGGUCUAUUUCGGGAUGUAUCUUGCCUUUCAAGAACACUAUGGAAUUCACUCGUACAUUUGGACCGUUUGGUUUAUCUUGUUCGGGUUUGAAAUGUGGACGGUGAUGGGGGUAUCUUACAUCACUCCAGAUAUCGGUUUUGAAGACACUCACUUGGUCGUCAGAAUGGGCCUGCUUACAUUGAUCAUCAUUGGUGAAGGUGUCAUAGCAGUGACUAGAAUUGCCAAUAAAACAGUACACCCCGGCGGCUGGACCAAGUGGUCGUUUGUCCACAUAUUGGGUGUGACCACAAGUGUGUACUUCCUGUGGCAAGCCUAUUUCGAUGUCUCCCCGAGAGGCUCACUUGGCAGAAUCGCUCAACAAGCAUGGGCUCAGCUGCAUUUUCCGUUUCACGUGGCCCUCAUCCUACUCCUCGAAGGAUCGCAAAUCCUCGCUCUCACCUUGGACGUUACAUUGAAAUUGACCUAUUUGACGGAGACCAUCUUGUUCGCAUGCGAAGAGCCGCGGCCUAAGGCGGAGGUUGCCAUCAGGCUACUGCGAAGUACCAUUGCUGAUAUGGAAAUUGACUAUGGUCGGGGAGCGAUGAAGGAGAAAGCUAUUAUCUCGGAGAUUUUGGAAGAGCUACCGACCCUUCCGCUAUGCCCAAGCAAUGUGGCGAGCGAUGCCUACUUUGCGACCCAUGACCGCAUCGACGAUUUGGUGGGAAACGUAACAGCAGCUUUAUUCUCCAGCAUGGGAAUUACGCCGUCAGAGGGCCAAGACAUUAGCCAACUGAACAAUAGUCAGUUGCUCAUGAUGUAUGUGGAAGUUCUGGGGUUUGUCUAUGUGUACUUUUUCGUUGUGGCGUCAAUUGCGAUGUUUCUUUUUACGGCUUUUAUGCUGUUGGCACAUCGCCACCGGCGCAAGCUGCGUGGUUUCCUUUGUCCGACAUUUUGCGUUGGCAUACUCCUUCAUGACGUCUCCGGUCAUAUUAUACGCAUUUACGGUCAUACUGCUAACAGGUGUCCCGUCAACCCCAGCAACGUGCAUAGUCCGGCAUUGAAGCUUCCCAUGCACGCACUUCACCCGCCAUCUAUACCGACCAAAGAGGACAGUAGCGGUGAACUGGGCGACAAGAAGGGUAAUAUGGCCUCUCUUAAAGCGAUGCUCCGUGUGCUCGUCGGUCCAGAUCACUCCAAAACAUGUUUGAUCUUCGAGAAGAACUCCGAUUCUACUGAUCCCGAUCCUGCCCGUUACCUCAUUGAGAACCGUGCACAUCUCCUCCGGGCAAAGCCCUCUGAUCAGCAGUCUGAGCCGUGCUCCAGAGAGAUCGUCAGCUGUGAUCAGUCCUGGACAAAUCACUGCACCGGGAUCACUGAAGGACAGUCCGAGGCCAUCGUUGACACCUCAAACAGAACGCCAAUGGCCGAUGAACAAACGAUGAAACCAGACGUUUGCUCCUGGUCAGAUGUCCUGACUUCUUUUGAAUCUGAGGGUCAUGGACUCUCUCCUAGCUACUAUUCUUGUCUCGCCAAUAUCCAAACUCAGCAUCGACCUAGACAGCCUGAGGGAGGUAUCACUGUCCCUGAAAAUCGUGAACAGCAUGGUGAUCUCAAGAUGGAAGUUCCUGCACAAGGAAGUGCUUUCUGUGAUGAAGAGACAAAGUCCGACAAUUAUCCUUGCGGCCUAGUGCACCCCAUUCCGAGGCCGAGCCUGUAUAUGGCUGCGGACCCCUUCGGUUCGUUCUCAGAGACCAAUGCAACAUCAGGUACCACAUCGCCUUCCAGCUCGCAAGAGAGUCUACCGGGCCUGUUUCGACAAGGUUUCCGCAAAGCGCACCGUCUGAGCGGUCACAUCGGGGGCGCUAUGCUAUUCCAGAAUCAAGGCUCGCCGGGUAGCUCUGUGGCCACAACCGACGAUCCUUACACUCCUAUCGCCGGCACAUGCAGUGGUACCACGCCUCUCCACUGGUCCAGCGGCGAACAGAUGGUGCCAUGGGAGAUGCAGAGUCAGGAAUUUGAGCCUCAGGCCCCUAGCUGCGUCAACGUACGCUGCUUUUCUGACCUGCGCCAUCAUGGUGGCCAGAUUGAAGAGAUUCCUCUCAACGCCGCAGUCGACGUCAGCCAUGCUCUACCUUCUUUGGACUGCGGCCAGCACUACCAUCAGCAACCACCGUUUGUUCUGCAACCCUUCACCCCUCGUGAAUACAACUCAACAAGCGCCAAGGAACGAAGUGCAGUCGACGGGGAACAUUGCCAGUUGGCAUUUGCCAACAACGAGCUCACAUACCCCCAGCACGGCUACGAAAUCAUCCAAUCUGUGCAUGCGACGAUCGCCAGCAACAGAGCCCUGAUGCGUCAAGGGCGAGCAAGCACCCGGUCGAUCCCAUGCCACAACGAGACCCGAAAUGCAUUCUUGAUAGAGUGCAAGCGCCGCGGAUUGUCGUACAAGGAUAUCAAGAGGCUCGGAGGGUUCGAAGAAGCCGAAUCAACGCUCCGCGGCAGAUUUCGGACCCUCACAAAGUCCAAGGAGCAGAGGGUGAGGAAACCCCAGUGGAAACAAGAAGACAUCAAGCUGCUCUGCGAAGCAGUCAACGCCUGUUCGGCGUCUGCAACGCAAGCCUCUAAUGCAUUUGCGCCGUCUUGUCGACCUAGGGGUGUAGGUUUGCCACCCAAAGUAUCUUGGAAGAAGGUCGCUCAGUAUAUAUGGACUCAUGGAGGCUCGUAUCAUUUCGGGAAUGCGACCUGCAAGAAGAAGUGGUGCGAGGUGCACAAUGUAAAGAUGUGA